AUGGGCACACCAAGCAACAUGCAACAAUCUACCGGAUUGGAGAGUCUUCCGAACGAGCUGCUGCUCAUGAUCAGCGACCACCUAGUCGAGUACGAAGACGAUCGCAUCAGCAGCCACACAAUCCUGACCUAUCCGACGAAGAAGUCACAAGACCACAUCCUCAGCCUCCGCGGCGCAUCGUGCAAGCUCCGCGACCUCAACACGCAGCACAUGGCGGAAGUGAUUGCAGCACGACCACUGAAGCUCGUCCACUCGGACCUGUCGAGGCUGCUAACGGUUCUGAAAGGCGACGCGACGCUAGCGGCGCGCGUGCAGACGCUGGGGGUCUCACCGGCGCAGCCAAGCGCGCACAUUUUGCGCGUGCUCGAGAGCCCGGAGAAGGGCAGGAAGCCACCCGCGGAGCUGGUGGUGCAGUACCGGCGGCUGGUGGAGGAGCAUCGGCUGCUGACCAAGCGGAACAACGACGUCAACCUGCUGCUGCAAGUCAUGAGACUGCUGCCGGGGCUGCGGACCGGGCGGCAGCACCGCAUGAAGGGGUUUACUCGCCAGGGCUGGGAGAAGACGCGGUUGGGCAAGUUCUGGGACCGCGAGUGCUGGGCCUGCAAAGCUGUUAUGGCCGGCCGCACUAUCCAGGUUAUUUUCUGCAUGCUGGACAUUGCGCGCCCGGCGCUGGAGAUGCUGGUUCUGCCCGACUCGUUCGUCAUGAAUGUCAAGCACUCGCUGCAGGGCGACUAUGAUAUCGCGGCGCCGUCGCUGCGAUGCAGUGUUCAAAAGCUGGUCUUCUGGACAGAACCCUUGAGGGCUGUGAGCAAUAGGUGGGCGGUACACAACACGCCGGUCUUGCCCAACAUCAAGGCGCUGGACUGGGGGAUGCGCUUGCACUGCCGUAGCUGCUAUAGCUUCUUCAUGAAGAACACGCUCCAGUUCGAGCUUAAGCGGGGCGCGCUGAACGCGCUGAGGUUCAUCCACGUCAAGCUGAUGGCGGGCCAGGAGGCGGACCUCGCGGAUCUGCUCAUUGAACUCAGUGGGAAGCUGUCCCUGCGCCAUGUCAGCGUAGACUUGUACGAUAACUGGGAUGGCUGGGACGUUAUUGUGAUGGCGCUGUGGGGCAAGAUCAUGUUGGACUCGUUGCUGUUUUACGGCAUGGGGGCCGGCUAUCUGCACCCGACCUUGGAGAAUACGUCAAUUCCAGGCGAUGACUGGCCUGCUAAGCGCAUCAUGGUUAUCUACGGCAACUCACCCUUUGAGAUCCGCACGCAGAAGCCUGUCGGCGAGCUCUGGGAUCCCUUCUGGGUACCGCUGAAUGAGCGCUGGACGAGGGUGACGUAUCCGAAGAACAUACUUGGCGGUACGUAA